AUGUUCGGAGAGCUUGACAGACAUGGCAGGAUUCGGUUGGGCCUGCCAGAAUACACCCUAGCAAUCAGCACUUGUGCCAAGGCCGAGCAGUGGCAACUAGCGCUGCAGAUUUUCAGCGGCAUGGGCAAGGCCAAGGUUGUUCCCAGCGUCAUCAGCUACAAUGCGGCCAUCAGCUCCUGUCAGAAGGGUCCGUGGCAGCUGGCGGUCCAUCUGUUCAACAGCAUGCGCAAGGUUGAACCAGAUGUCAUAAGCUACAGUGCCACCAUGAGCUCCUGCGAGAAGGGGAGGGAAUGGGAGUUGGCCCUUCAUCUUUUUGAUCGCAUGCCCAAGGCCAGACUUUUCCCAGAUGCAGUUAGCUACAACGCCUCUAUCAGCUCUUGUGAGAAGGGCCAGCAAUGGCAGCUGGCUUUACAUUUCUUUCAUGGCAUGUCCAAGGCCGAAGUUCAUCCCGACGUCAUUAGCUACAAUGCGACAAUCAGUUCCUGUGAGAAGGCUCAACAGUGGCAGCUGGCACUUUAUUCCUUCACCAGCAUGCCCAAUGCCCUCAUGAACCCCAGCAUCAUCAGCUACAGUGCGGCCAUCAGUUCCUGUGAGAAGGGCCAGCAGUGGCAGCUGGCAUUGCACCUGCACACACGCAUGCACAUGGCAAAAGUUAUCCCAGAUGUCAUCGGCUACAGUGCCACCAUCAGCUCCUGUGAGAAGGUCGGCCGAUGGCAGCUGGCACUGCAUUUGUUUGAUGAGAUGCCACAGGCCAAGCUCGUCCCAGACGCGGUCAGCUGCAAUGCGACCAUCAGCUCUUGUGAGAAGGGCCAGCAAUGGCAGCUGGCGUUGCAUUUGUUCGCCUGCAUGCCCAAGGCCAAGAUUCAUCCCAGCCUCAUCAGCUACAAUGCCACCAUCAGCUCCUGUCAGAAAGGAGCACAAUGGCAACUGGCACUCCACAUCUUCCAUGGCAUUCGCAGGGCGAAGCUUCAACACGACGUCGUCAGCUACAAUGCUGCUAUCAGCUCCUGCCAUGCGGGACACUGGGAGGUGGCCCUGCAUCUCUUUCACAGCAUGCCCUUGGCUCAAGUGAUUCCGACGAUUGUGAGCUACAACGCGGUUCUGGAGGCGGUCUUUGAGAAGGAUCAGGGCUACGGGCUUUUUCUACAGGCUGCCGAGUUGGAGAUUUACGAGAAGUUGUCCAGGAAAGGCCCCACUUUCCUGGACCUCCACGACCGGUCUGCGGGUGCGGCGUGGAUGGCGGUGAGGUGGUGGCUUUUGGAAGUGCUGCCGCCGUUGCUCAGUCGCAAGACCAGCCGCAACUGCACGAUCAUCACAGGCUGGGGCAAGUCCCGGCCAAGUUGGGUGAAAUCCGACCUUCGAGGCUUUAUCCUCAAGAUGCUGAGAAGCCACGGCAUCGCUGCGGACAUCCAGGCUGGAAAUCAAGGCAGGCUUCUGCUGGAGCUGAAGAUGCAGGACCUCGUGAAACUGGACUUCGAGCUUUCUUUCCGACCGCUUGCAAUACCGGCCUUGUAG